UCAAUUCUGCAAGUGGUUCUGAUUUACUAUCGCUGUUCUCUAGCUGGUCUAAAACCGCUUUUGACCAAAAGGGAUGCUUUUUGGACGCCAUGGACUUUUCUAAGUUUCCAGGCAGAAAGAACAGUCAAAAUGCAGGCAGGGCACAGGACAAAGCACUAGGGACAAUAUGUAUGUGAAAUGAUUGAUACAAAAAUGACAGUUUCUAAAAAUGUUUACAUUUGCCGCCGGUUCCGGCCCCCGUAUGUCUCGUAUGUCCCGACGCUGCAGGGACCAGAACACGGAAGCCGGAUGCCGGCAUCGGCCAGAGGAGAUGGCCGGGGAAGCUGCAGGGGACAC